AUGACACGACUUGAGAUUGACUACACAACAACCGUAGAGGAAGGAGUGGUGCAUGUGUGUCUGCGUGAACUUCAGAAUCUUUCCCCUCUGCAUAACUUGGUUGUGACCGGCGCCCCAUUGGAGAUUGUGAAGCACGUGUACCAAUUUGACCCAAUUCAAAUGAAUGAUGAUAUCUUUUUGGAUGCAUGCCGGCACACUGCGAGUCCGGAGGUGAUUGAGUUUCUGAAGGAACUGGUGACACCUGAGGUGUACAAAGCUGAGGCAGUUGCUGCAGAAAUGAUAAAAAUACUCAGAGAUGAUGAUCGAUUCAGUGAAGACGCUUUCAGCAUCUUCUUCCCGUUGUUUCCUGAAGCCUCUUUGACGUUCGUAGAAGAAUGUGAUAAGACCCCCCUGUCCUUUGCCUGCCAACAGGAAAAUAUCAAGGAGGCUACAAUUACCAAGUUGAUACAGUCGAUCCCCAGCAAUACCACAAGACUCUAUUGUCGAGGAUAG